AUGUUUGGCUCAGGAUUUCAAUGCUCAAUGCCUACGUGUCCACCACCGAUGAUGUGUCCAUAUGAUGUACCUGUUUCACAGCCAUAUCCUUGUCCGUUUCCUGUACCACAACCAUAUUUACAAAAUGUGAUUCAACCUGUUGAUGUUCCUGUACAAAAUGUAAUUCAACCUGUCAUCAUACCGAGACCCUUUGGCGUUCCUGUCCCUCGUCCUGUACCAGUUCCAGUUGACCGUCCAUGUCCAGUACCUGUUCCACAGCCUGUACCAGUUCCAGUGGAAUGUCAAGUACCUGUUCCAUGUUAUAUACAAGUUCCACAACCAUGUGCAGUCCCUCAACCUUUUCCUGUACGAGAAGAAGUUUGUGUUCCUGUUGCUGUACCAGUUCCACAGCCAUAUCCAGUUCCUCAACCAUAUCUGGUACGAGAACAAGUAUGUGUGCCUUAUCCUGUUCACAUACCAACACCUGUACAAGUACCACAGCCAUAUCAAUACCAAGUGCAAGAGGAAUAUUAUGGCCCUCAAUAUUAUCCCGAAGAAGAAUAUAUUUAUGACGAACCUAUGUAUGUAAAGCAACGUCGUCGUCGUCAUCAUCAUCAUCAUCGACGACGUCAUAGAUCAUGUACACCAGAAUGUGCUCCAUUACCACCUAUUAUUAUUCCUAUUCCAAUACAGGAACCAGCUCCACCCCCACCACCACUUCAAAUAACUGAAUAUGUUCAAGAUAUUUAUCCACCCGCACAAUAUUACAAUGAUCAAGUGCCUGUAGGUUAUUGUACUAACAAUUCAAUUAUUCAACAGCCUGCUCAAAUACAACGGCAACAAUCAAUUAAUUGCCAACCAGGAUACACUAUACGAUCAUCUCCAUGUACACAACAAUUCAUACAAAGAGUGCCUAGUGGUCAAUGCAUUCAACAACCACUUAAUGCUAUCGGAGGUGGCGUUCAAACUUUUGCAACAGGACAACAACCUUACGUUUCUUCAUCCAGUUCAGCGAGUCUGAUAAAUUCUUGUCCGCCGAGUACUCAAUGGAUUUCUUAA